AUGAAGUUUGGGUUGCUGGUGGUAUUGGCGGUGGCCGUUCUGGUGCCCAGCCUGCCCGAGGGCCGGACCGUCUCCAAAUGUGAGCUGAAAGCAGCGCUCGAGCAGGCGAUCACGCUGCCCACACAGCUUCAACAGUUCAAGGAGCAAUACCUGGCAGUAGUUAUCUGUGAGGUGAACCGCCAGUCCCGUCUGAACACCAACCUGGUCAAGGUGUUUGGCAAACGCACAACCACAGCCACGCCAACAACUCUGGUCAAAACUCUCGCACCACGAGUCAAUGGAACAGCCACUGCACCAACAACUAUCCAACUGAAUACCACCGGAACAACGACCAACAGACCAAUCCCAACAGGUGCCACAAAUACAACCAUAGGCACAAACGGAACCAGAGCUGGCAUCAACAGAAGAAAGCGUGACGCAAGCAGCGAGGAGUCUGACUCAGCAAAACUUAAAGAAAGAUCCAGUGAUGAGCAAUCCGAUGAGAAGAGCAAGAGUUUUUCUCUCUGCAUUUAUGGGAUCUUCAAGAUGUCUGAAGAGACUGAAGGCGAGGAGAGUAGCAAGGCGAACAGCAAGGAGAGCAGCAAGGCGGUGAGCAGCGAGGAGAGCAGCAAAGAGAGCGGCAAGAAGAGCAGCAAGGCGGAGGGCAGCAAGGCGGAGGGCAGCAAGCUGGGCAGCAAGGCGGCGAGCAGCGAGGAGAGUAGCAAGAAGAGCAGCGAGGAGAACAGCGAGGAGAGCAGCAAGAAGAGCAGCGAGGAGAGCAGCGAGGAGAGCAGCAAGAAGAGCAGCGAGGAGAGCAGCGAGGAGAGCAGUGAGGAGAGCAGCAAGAAGAGCAGCGAGGAGAGCAGUGAGGAGAGCAGCGAGGAAAGCAGCAAGAAGAGCAGCGAGGAGAGCAGCGAGGCGGCGAGCAGCAAGAAGAGCAGCAAGGAGAGCAGCGAGGAAAGCAGCAAGAAGAGCAGCAAGAAGAGCAGCAAGAAGAGCAGCGAGGAGAGCAGUGAGGAGAGCAGCAAGGCGGCGAGCAGCAAAUCCGAUGAGGAUGAAGACAGAGAAGGAUAA